AUGUCCUCGGAGCCCGAGAUGCGAGGAUCAAAAGGAAAUGAGAUCCCAUCAGGUGGCGCCUUUGAACCUACUUGUCGGGCUGACGGGACCCUGUCGACUUCAAUUCCCAAGCUGGUCCAUUCUCAGGCAUUGGCGAAAAAUCAACCCUUUAACGAACGUCACGAUCUCACCACGCGUCACGAUUUUAUCACGUCGUCUUUGUCGCAACAACGGCAUCGACAACCAACGCGCCCCCUGACGCCUGCCGAAGUUGGAAUCUUCUCACGGCCGUCGAGUUCUUCGGGUAGCCCGUCAACUGUAUAUCGGCGAACUCCUCGUCUCGAACAACGGCGUGGACCAUUGCAGCCUUCAGUUGAUCCGCCGGCACACCAAGCGGACGUGCUGGAUGACCCGGAAAAUUUCUAUAUAACCAGCCAACGUCUAAGAGAAGGACUUCCAACUCUCCCGCCUGGAACACCUCGAAUUUCACGUCGCACCGCUGCAGCAAUCAUCUACGCCCUCGAGGACGCACUCCGUGGACCUCAUCCUUUUACACCUGACCUUGAAGAGGAAAACGCACCUAUGACCGAUCUAAUCGGCGGAGGGUCUGCCGCUUCCGGAAAUGGACGUAACAUCAAUGGAAAUUCUCGCGCUGUGUCGAGAUCAGCUUCGGGUACGCAGUAUCCGGCUGUGCGAGGACCACGAGAUAUCAUGAGGGACCGUCAAGCGAGGGAAGCGCGGCGUAAAGCAGAAAGUGAAGCUCGAGAGCGGGAGCUCCACGAUGCAGAGCGUCUCACCCAAGAGGAAAGACGAAGGAGCGCUGAAAGAAGAGCUACAGCAGCUGGCGUCACUGGGGGCGCUGUUGGAGGAACUGAGGGACACGGAUAUCGUCGGUCGGCUGGGAACCAAUCGGCCCGUCCGGCUGCAGAUCCAGGGGUCUCUUCACCUGACACCGGCAGACGACAGGGCGAACGCGCCGUCAGCGGCCCCGCGGCGAUAAAUCAGACGGGAGAGUCCCAGAUGAGUGGAGGCGGGAGACCUCGAGGCUCGUCUGUUGGUCAAGCCGCAGCUCGCACCGGAACAUCGCAGCCAACCAUGACUCCCAGCGCUUCACAUCGCCCUUCAGAAACGCAAGCUCAACCAACACAAUCAAGACCAACUGCGGCUUCAGGACUUCAAGCGCAAGGUAGCUCUGCGCCGCAACCUGCUUCUCAGCGAGCUCAAGCCGCCACGAGCGCAUCAAAUGGCGCAAACCAACAGAGAAACCCCACAGUGUCGUCUUUUCCGCAUGCGUUUGAGCGGUGGGAGCAGCUCUCGUCUCAUUGGGAGGGACUUACUUCUUACUGGAUCCGGCGCCUCGAAUCUAACAGCGAUGAAGUCCGCCAAGAACCACUCGCACAACAAAUGUCUCGGCAAAUUACAGAUCUCUCUGCUGCCGGUGCCAACCUCUUUCACGCAGUUGUUGAGCUACAACGACUUCGGGCUUCUUCGGAAAGGAAAUUCACUCGAUGGCUUCUAGAGCAAAAGGGGGAACAAGAGCGCGCUAAGGAAAUCCAAGCCGAAUUGGAGACAGGCCUUCGUAACGAACAGCAAGCUCGCAUCGACGCAGUUCAAAUGGCCGCGCGAAUGGAAAGAGAAAAGUCCCUGUCAGACAAGAUGGUCGCCGAAAUGCGGCGAGAGCUUCAAAUUUCAAAGGAAGAGGCUCGAAGAGCCUGGGAAGAGCUGGGACGACGGGAGCAGGAGGAGCGAGAUCGCACAGCUUCUCUGAGAGAAGGGCAACCAACGCUCGUGGGAGGGGUGCAAGUUGUUCCCAUGGCAGGAGCCCCAAGUAGACAUGCAAGUACGAACCGGUCUCAUACAAGUGAGGCGAUGUAUCCAGGCGGUGUUGGCCCUUCAGCCAUGACCCCAGCCGCUGGACCAGGGGUUGUCGGUCCUGAGGCCGCAUAUGGAAUGUACGAUCCUGAUGUGCGGUCGACGACGGAUACUGACCCAUACUUGGAACGGGGACAAGAAGGGCUGUUGCUGCCGCACCUUCAUCAGGAACACGAUGUAGCCGCACUGUCUGAAAGCGGAGCCACAACACCUACAACUCGGGUGGCGUUUCAACCGACCGGUACCAGCGCUCCGCAGGUGGUCACAGUGCCUGCCACCAGUCAAGAGGCGAUCGAGUCUUAUCCCGCAUACCAAGCUCCGUCCAGAGAAGCUCCCACAGAACCAAUUUAUCAGCAAGCGGUGACCGUGCCCCAGGCUCAUGUAACUGAAGAGCCUGUUCACCAUGCGCCCUCUACAGGAGAUACCCUCAGUGAAGAAGAUGAGUACGAACUUGACGACAAGGGCCGGGUCUUGUAUGAUACUCACGGUCAGCCCGUAAUUGCACGUGGAGCGUCUCGAUCCGAGGGCAGUGAGGAGUUUGAGAUUCGCGAGCGAGCAGUCCCUGCUCAGCCCUAUGGCCCGGGCUACGUCCCUGUUACCAGUUCGGGAGAAUACGGCUACGGGGGCGACCCUGUCGACUACAGCGGGGCAGGAUACGGCUGGGAGACGUCUGUCCCACGGCACCACCAUCCCACUCGAUUGAGCGAUGUCAUCGAGGAGGAUGAGCGUAGUCGUACAAGCCCGAGUCGCGCCAGCCAAGCAACAGAAGCACUUUUCAACAGGCUGCUGCAACACUAUGGAAUCGAGCACACCACAAAGAGACGGUACAAGCCAGCAACUCUUAUUCAAGCUACAUUCGGAUAUGUGAAAUCUAAAGAUGCAUUCCUGGACUACUUCUUCCUAUCCCUCUAUGGAAAUCUAUGUGUAAGAAAGGAAAGCGCUUUUAUACCGAAUGUUUCCCAGGCUUUAUCAUACUUGGAGGAUUUCUCUUCGUGGGAUGCAAAGGGGACAAACGAUCUAGCAGCUGCUAUCGAAGAGUUUGCCGAACAUUUGGUCGUCAAUUUCUUUUAUCCACUCAGAGCUUCAUCGUCCAGGACACCACAGCCCACGCCCGCGUCCUUAUCUGCCUUGCAAGCAUCUACGCCAUCAGGAUCAGUCCAGCGUCUAUCCGUUCUACGAAAAAGCUGCCUGAUCCGCGAUCAUCAUCGGUGUGUGGUAUCCCGGAAAUUUGAUAGAGGGGAGGCGAAGAGGCGUUUUAAGCAACACGGCGAGGCAAGUGCAGAUGAUGAUGAUGGGAAUCACUUAAAAAAUGAGACGAGUGACCAGCUUUCAUUUUUGGAGGUCGCUCACAUACUCCCCCACUCUCUCACUUCGAUCUCGACGGAGGGUCUAGAGCUGAGUGACUCGAAGAAGAACGUGCUUCAAAUCCUCACUAUGUUCGACCCUGAGAUCAAACAUCUCAUCAACGGCCCCAAGAUUGAUACCCCUCUGAACGCACUCACGCUAACGCGUGAUUUUCACCAACUUUUUGGCGAAUUUGAGAUCUACUUUGAGUCCACGGAGGUUCCAUAUCAAUACAAGAUUGACUCAACGGAGCAGAGGGCCUUCUUGCGUGAUCCACUAUUCCCUGUCACUCGUACACUGCAUCUGAGCCCGGGACGUUCAAUUGAUCCACCCUCUCCUCGACUACUUGCAGUCCACCGUGCCGUCGCACUCAUCUUAAAGCUUAGCGGUGCUGGCGAAUAUAUAGAGAAGAUUCUUCAAGACAUAGAGGAACUGAGGGUGGAAGAAGAUGGUUCAACAAAUCUAGAUCAGUUCGUCAGGUUGCGAUUGGCAGCUUGGCCGGCAUAAUAUCUGAAUUUUAUUGUACUGAUUCCCCAACACGUUACCGUCGAAUGUAAUAGUGACUUGUUUUUAAUCAUGUAUUUUUAUUUUUUUUGGUGGUCACUACAACGAUGAGCCAUGAGAGCCUUGCUGCAAUGACCGACAAUCUCUGUAAGACUAUACUAGCAGAAGACUCUGGCAAAUAUCCCAUCAUAUCUGGCUUUUUAAAUGCAUCCAAAUAUCUACCUGCUCUAUCAUGCCUAAGGCCAGAAUCUCAAAGAUCAUUUCUGCAGCGCGACUUGUGUUUUAUGUGCUGAUUCACUGCUUGUUUAAUAAGAAACUCCUUGCAAGUCAUGCAUUUCAAGUGUAGUCAGUACGUUCAAGCAAAACAGAUUUCUUAAAUAAAAUCUAGAGAAUUUUUUUAAAUCAAAG